CAUGGUUGAACAAUACAGCAGAUGGCGCUCGACCUGUAGAUAAACGAUUAUUGAAAACCAAGAAGAAAAGAGUGCGCCUCCGGUUUCGUUUUCUGACGUCAUUUCCUUUCCGUCUGUGCUAGCGUCCAAGUGAACACGCGCUCGCCUUUCUCGCGCAAAAUGCGUUACGUUGCUGCUUACCUGCUAUCCGCCCUUGGUGGCAAUGAAAAUCCAGAUGCUAAACACAUUAAGAAGAUCCUGGAAAGUGUUGGCAUUGAGGCAGACGACACCCGUUUGGAAAAAGUCCUCUCAGAGCUCAAAGGCAAGAAAGUAAAUGAUGUGAUUGCGGCAGGUAUGUGCAAACUGGCCAGCAUGCCAGCUGGCGGUACCGUCGCAGUUGCCACCUCCGCUGCUGCCAGCUCAGGAGGAGCCGCUGCACCUGCCGCAGCUGAAGAGAAGAAGAAGGAAGAGAAAAAGGAAGAGUCUGAAGAAUCCGAUGACGACAUGGGAUUCGGUCUUUUUGAUUAAGCUCUUUGUAUGGAAUAAAAAAAUU